AUGAAAAGGGCACAAGAAGUCGAAGAGCGAGAGCGCCUUAUGUUUGAAAGAGAAACCAUCAGGCGCAAAGAAGAAGCGGAAAGCCAAGAAAGGGAGCUUGAGCGCUUGCGGCUUCAGCUUAAGAUUGCAGAGGCAAAAGGCGCUAGUGAUCUGGGAACAGAAAAUGCAGAGAUUCAGGCAGGCGCACGAGUGAGCAUGAGGGACCUCUUGCAGCCUUACAAAAUGAGCGAGGACGUAGCGUUGUUCCUUGUAAAUAUCGAAAGAACUUGUGUGAGGAUGGGCAGGACCGCAUCCACAAGACUCCGUUGCGGCUUCUGCUUCGUUGAAUACUACACGCACGCCGACGCCGAGAACGCCAUGCGUUACGUCAACAGCACCAAGCUGGACGACCGCAUCAUUCGUACCGACUGGGACGCCAGAUUCGUCGAAGUCGCCAGUUCGUACACGCCAAAAGCGGAGGCAAAGUGCGGAACGAGUACCGCACGGACUACGACAGCGGCCGAGGUGGCUAUGGCAAGUUGA